UUGGCGUGAGUUGGGGAAUAAAAUGGCGGCAGGCGGACAGCAAGCCCGGUAAUGGGGAGAAGGAGCAGUCUUUUAGCCAAAAAAAAAGUCGUCGGUGGUGGGUCGUCACCGCGGUUUAAUUCAGUUUGACUUAGUUUUGUUUCCGUUUUCGCUCGUCGGCGCCGCUUUGUGAAGCAUGGAUCGGCUGGCGCCUUUCGGCAGUGACCCCUUUGAUCAACCACCAUGUCGUGGAUGUUCCUCUUAUCUAAUGGAACCCUACAUAAAGUGUGCAGACUGUGGACCUCCUCCACUACUUAUAUGUUUACAGUGCUUUACUAGAGGGUUUGAAUACAAGAAGCAUGAAAGUGACCACAGUUAUGAAAUAAUGACGUCUGAUUUCCCCAUUUUGGAUCCAAACUGGACUGCUCAGGAAGAAAUGGCAUUACUUGAGGCAGUGAUGGACUGUGGUUUUGGAAACUGGCAGGAUGUAGCCAACCAGAUGCGUACAAAAUCCAAGGAAGAUUGCGAGAAGCAUUACAUGAAACAUUUUGUCAACAAUCCGCUGUUUUCUUCUACAUUACUGAGUUUGAAGCAGCCUGAAGAAACCAAAGACCUUGAUACAGCAAUCACAUUUAGAGCUUGUGAUGAUCCGCCCAGACCAACGUUUGAUUCUGCAGUGUCAAGAGAUAUGGCAGGAUAUAUGCCAGCACGAGCAGACUUUGUUGAAGAAUUUGACAAUUACGCAGAAUGGGAUUUGAGGGAUAUUGAUUUUGUAGAAGAUGACUCUGAUAUUUUGCAUGCUUUGAAACUUGCAGUGGUUGAUAUCUAUUAUUCCAGAUUAAAAGAGAGACAACGAAGAAAAAAAAUUUUGAGAGACCAUGGCCUGAUCAACCUCAGAAAAUUUCAAAUUCUUGAACGACGGUAUCCUAAAGAAGUUCAGGACCUCUACGAAGCUAUGAGACAUUUUGCAAGACUACUGGGACCUACAGAACAUGACAAAUUUAUUGAAAGCCAUACAUUGGAUUUUGAACUUCGGAAAGAGAUCAAACGAUUGCAAGAAUACAGACGGGCAGGAAUCUUCACAUUCCGUGGCGCCAAAGUAUAUGACUGCUUGAAGGUGCAUCGUGAGGAAGAGCGUCUAAAACGCAACAUGCUCACAGAUGUUCUUCAGUGUCUACAGGAUUCUAACGCCUGCCAGCAGUGGUUACACAAACAAGCAGCAAUGAUUGUCACCUCAUGACAUUUUUGUUGCAUUGGGAUGUAACCAGGAAGGCUUUUUUUUAUUGUUGAGAGUAUAAAUGGAACUUCAAUGAUGAACUACAUGUAUUAAUACAAAAUCCAUUCUACAAAUGUAAUGAAGAAAAGGAUUUUCACUUAGGUGCUACAGAUGUCCUGUAGUGAAAAUAGUCAUUCAAACAUCUUGGUAGACAGAGGGGGGAAUAAGAACCAACCAGAACUCAAUAAGCCUGCAAGCAACUCUUGGCACAUUAAAACAAUUCCUUCUUUCAUCCACGACACUUACAUUUAAUUAUACUGUACUCUCUACACAUUUAUGUAAGUAUUAUUUCUUUGGAAGCUGAAGUAGAAAGUAUAUCAACCACAGAUGGAGGAAAACAGAGGGAGAAUGGUUAUAACAUUCAAGGCUGUGGUCCAAGUUCUGGAAAAUGAACAUGUAUAUUUGGUUUUGUUUGUGUAAACUCGAUGAGCUGAAUGGCCUCCUGUACUGCAUGGUUCUAUGAUUGCACCACAGAAGGAGGGGAUUUCGCCCACAAAGCCCAUACUAGGUGUACGGAAAGCAGCCCUGUCAGUCCCAUUCCCUCGCUCUGUCCCCAUAGCUCUGCAUUUCCCUUGAGUACUUAUUGAGAUCAUUUGGACAGCAAGUUCCAUUAUAAUUCACUGCAUAGAAAAGUUCUUCCUUGUCUGUAUCUUUUAUCUAAAACCUUAUAUCUAUCUUUCCUAGUCCUAAUAGAUACUUUCUGAUCAACCCGUUUAGAACUGUUAUUGCACACUUCUGGAUUAGAUGGGACUUGAAUCUGGGCUUCCUAGCUCAGAGAUAGGGACAUUACCACUGUGCCACAAUAUAUCCUCUUAGUGCUCAUAUCAUUAGACAAUGUGAAUAGUUUUUCUUACUCUACCUUACAUAAGCCUGUCAUAAUUUUGUACACCUUGCUCAUAUUUUCCCUCAGCCUUCUUAACUCUUAGGAAAGCAGUCUCAGCUUCUUUAGCUAAACCUUGUAGCUAAAUCCCCUCAUCCAAAGAACCAUUCUGGUAAAUCUCAAAUUCACCAUCUCAAAGGUCUUCAUGUCUUUCUUAAAAGUGUACUGAACAGAACUGGAUUCAAUUUUUGAGUUGUAGCCUCAACAGAGCUUUCUAAAGGUUCAGCAAAACUUAACUGCUUUUGUAAUCAGUGUUUUAAUUUAUGCAGCCCAAGAUCCCGUAUGCUUUGCUAACAAUGUUCACAAUAUGUCCUGCUAGCCUUGGUCCAUAUAUGAAUCUCUGCUUCACUCUAUUCCUGCAUACUUCUUAGAAUAUUGCUUUUAAGUACAUGUUGACUCUCCCUAUGCCACCUGCCAAAAUAAAUCUCAUUCAGCUUGCACUUUCAAAAAUCUUGUAUAUCAUACCUAUUGUUUGAUUUUGUUUUAUUUAUUUCUUUAGAAGAUUUAGAGGAGUGGUGCAGUUGUAUACAGAAGGUACAUAGUCUGUUUUAGGGUUCUGUUCAUACAGCACAUAUUUUCUAGCUAAAAUACUUCAUGUUUACUGUUAAAUAAAAUCAAAAUUUCUAAUAAGCCACUGACCAAGUUGUAAUUGUCUGUUGCUCAUACCCUACCAAACCUUCAUUUAUGCUCACACCCUGGCACACACAGCAGACAGCUUUCUAAAUGUUUACUGCUGAGACAAUAUCUUUCAAUUUUUAAUGACAGAGAAUAAUCUAGACGAAGAGCAUAGAUUUGUUUUUCUGCUCAGUUGUUUUUUCUUUCAUUUAAUCAGCGUAUCAUCCAUAUCAAAAAAAGACACCACUUUGAUUUACUAGGUUAGUUUCCAUGUUCUGAA